AUGGUUUUAGAAGCUACUGUAUUAGUGACCGAUAAUUCGGAAUAUGCUAGAAAUGGAGACUAUCCUAAGACUAGGUUUGAAGCACAGAUUGAUGCUGUUGAACUGAUAUUCCAAGCUAAGCGUAAUAGCAAUCCGGAAAAUUCGGUAGCUUUAGUGUCUUCAGCAGGCUUGAAUCCAACAGUUUUAUCUACUUUUACUACAGAAUUUGGUAAGAUUUUAUCAGGAUUACAUGAAACUACAAUUGAAGGCAAAACAUCAUUAGUUACUGCUAUUCAAAUUGCAGCAUUGACUUUAAAGCAUCGCCAAAAUAAAAUUCAGCAUCAAAGAAUUAUAGUAUUUGUUUGUAGUCCAAUUGAAGAUAAAGAAAAACCAGAAUUAAUUAAAUUAUCUAAAAAAUUGAAGAAAAACAAUGUCGCUAUAGAUGUUAUAAAUUUCGGUGAGACUGAACAAAAUUCGGAAAUUUUACAAGAAUUCAUAUCAACAGCUAAUAAUUCAAGCUCGCCAGAUGAUCAAAGUCACAUAUUGACUGUCGAACCCGGUCCAAGAUUAUUAUAUGAACAUAUCGCAUCCUCGAACAUCAUCCUAGAGGAAGGUGCACAAUCUAAUAUGAUGGCUGGUGGAUUUGAGGGGGGUGAUUCAUUCAUGGAUUUCGGUGUCGAUCCUUCAAUGGACCCAGAGUUGGCAAUGGCGUUACGUUUAUCGAUGGAAGAAGAACAACAUAGACAAGAGAGAUUAAGAGAACAAGAACAAACUGGAAACAAAGAAUGA